AUGAAGGGGAUGAAAUUCUGGAGGGAGAUUAUUCUGUGUUUUUUGUUCGUAAGUGUAAUUCAGUGCAAUAUGAUAUCAAUUUACGACUCUUCAAUACCGAAAAGCCCGGCUUAUCACAUCGACGCUCGGAAGCUGCUAGAAUUGUGUUUUCUGAACGAAAUGAACCCGGUGGUGAUUUCUGAGGAGCUGACGGACUUGAUGUACGAGAUUCAAAAGAAUGAAGCUAUCGAUUCGUCCAUUCUUGUUAUUGACAACGAUUUCAGUUCAAGGGUCAUGAAACAGUACUACACACGACAUCCUAGUUAUCUGAUAACGGCCGAUUUAAUGGACAGACUGCAGGAUACCCUUCGGAAAGCGAAAUCAUCGACCAUUUGGAACCCAGCGUCAGUAAUUGUUGCUGUUGGAAAAGAUUGCGUUCGAGCAUCAGAAAUUCUUCAGGCGAUCUGGAAGAUCGAGGCUUUGAAAUCUUAUUACGUUUGUCAGCAUGAGUUGAUGAGUGAAAGCCUCGUCUAUACCUUCAACCCUUAUACGCAAAGGGCGCCAAAACAGUGGGAACAGGUGGAAACAGAGGAUCAACCAGAUAAUAAAUGGACGCUCUAUCGGCAACACCUUAAAAAUGACCAACGCAUCUGUUCCGGUGUAACAUUCGACAAAACUCGUUCUCUGGAUGGAUAUCCUCUGAAAAGUUUUAAGUAUGGCCUCAGCGAUAAAGUUUUCGAAGGUAAAGUUUCACCCGAGGCAUUUUUCGAACAAGAAGUAACUGAACAUUUUAUUUACAACGAACUGUUUACGACUCUAAAUGUCACACCGAUUAUUUAUUUAAGAAAUAUAAAUCAUGCUGAUUUCGAGCGAGAAUUCAAUUUACUAAUAAACGGUACGUACGAUAUGAAGUUAGAAAUUAUAGAGGACCCGAGUGACGAAGGUUUUAAACUCUUAGAUAUCAUUCCUAUUUAUGCUCAAGGCAGUUGCAUGAUAGUAACAAAAAAACAAAGUACAAUUCCAGCUUUCACUCAAAUGACAAACAAUUCCUUUGCUUAUGAAACUUUAUCACUAUCAGCAUUAUUUUUACUUUUUAUAUUCGUAAUGAUUUUGCUAAACUCUCGGUACCAUUUUGCAGCAGCACUAAUAGAUCUUUGGUUACUUAUUCUUGGCAUGGGGAUAUUAACUCCCAUGAAUCGGUUAUUGACACGGAUUACUUUUUUGAGCGCAACGUUAUUUAUUUUUGUUGUCGGCCCGGAGCUUCAGAGUCAGUUUACCUCAGUGAUGACCAUUCCGAGCGUAGAAAAAAAUAUCGAUACUUUAGAUGAAUUGCACAAUAAUCGUUAUAAUGUGUAUUAUUUCGAAUACACUACGGAAAACUUCAAACAUAUAAAAAUUUGGGAAAAUGGGACGCGCAAUAAGUUCUUACAUUUGAUACUUGAUUUUGAAUCUUGCACUAAAAAUCUCCAGGAGAAUUCAGCUGCUUGCAUAAUACCCGACUAUCUGCUCGAAAAUAUUAAGAUUGGUGAUCUUUACAUAUCGAAAGAGUCUUUAUUUAAAAGCUAUUAUUGGCUGACAACACGGAAAAAUUUUCCGCUAAAAAGCAAAAUCGAUAAAACUGCGUUGAAUUUUGUUGAGGCUGGUUUUUUGAACUAUUUUGAGAGAAAAAAUCGACUGAAGCGCCAGUUAAAGAUGCAAAAACUAAUUGAUAGAAUUGAGGCUUAUGAGCAAUGCGAAUUUUUAGAUUUACCUGACUUUUCAUCUUUUUUGUGGUGUCUCACGAUCGUUGUACUCGUUGCACUUACCGUCUUGUUGAUCGAAUUAGUAUGUAGAGGCAGAAAGUAUAGAAGAAAGCAAUUGCAAAAAUUGAAAAAGAAAAAACAGAGAGUUCGUCAGAGAAUUGCGCCCCUCUUUAGAUAA